ACAUACAGCAAUGUACUGAAAAUACAAAGGAUCUGUGAGCCUGCGUAUCCACCCUGAUCUGUUUAUUAGGACAUACAAUCGAUGAUUCUGGGCCUGCAUUGCAUCUCUCUGGCCUGUAUAUGAUACCAACGCUUCAGGCUGUUUGUUCCACCUGCCAUCUUCCAAUCAAAAAGAGCUUGUUAACGCAAUGACCGCCUACUUUCAGGACAAGCCUGCUCAAACAUUGAGCCUCAUACCCCUUGACCUGCCUCUAGACCCCUCGGACUCGGGUGAACCUAUUCUGCCAGACGAAAUCGAUACUUCAAACCCAGAGCAGGUUUUCGAGAACUUGCGCGACACGUUGAAGCCCGAUUUUCCACCGCUAGAUGUGCUACCCUGUGCCAACGUGCAGGUGGCACAGUUUAAGGCCUGCCCAAAGCAAGGCACCAAGGCAUGCAGUGCAUGCAAGUUAGUAUCUUACUGUUCCAAAGAGUGUCAAAAAAAUCAUUGGCGCAUUCACAAGUGUGACUGCAAGAAUCAUCUCAAGUCCGAUGAUUGGAAACCGGCUUGGAUCGUCGAGAAGCGCCUUCCUGCGGCUUUGUCUGAAGAAAGUGUGGCAGCGCAUAUCGUUGAAUUCGACUCUGGGCUGAGUCUAUGGGGGAACAUGCCCGCGAUGGACUUGAUCAACCUAGCGAAAAACGAAAAAGACGCGAGCCAGGAUUUCUCAAUUGCACUAGCUGCCUCUGGUGAUCUUAGGCACGCUGUGCAGACGAUCAAUGCCCUCCCUGAGGACUAUUCAGGUCAUCUGCAAGUGUUGGUUAACGACUUCUGCCUACCAGUUGUCGCUCGCAACAUUGUGAUCCUGCUUAUACUGGGAACAGUCCAUGACGAAACGAUGGCUGUUGACAUCGCUCUUCACUUCUGGUACUCGGUUUUCAUGCCUGUGGAGUACAGCACCACCAUCAUGACAAUCAUUGCCUCAUUGCUGAUGAGGAUGGGCACAAACCUAGAGGAUCACCAACCUUUGGGUCCAUGUUCAUCCCUGGACUGUUUGAUUCCAGAAUCGCUUAAGCAACUUUUACGUGAUUUUGGGUUGCAUUCAACUCUCUCCAUGGCAAGUGCACAAAACGAGUACGAUCGCGUGAGGAAUGUACCAUGCAGGGGCGAUUUUCGAGAUCGGAUAUUUGCAAGGCUCAAGCCAUCCCAUCGUCUCGCAUUCCAAGAGUUUCGCCGGUUCGGUAUUGUCCUUCCUUUCGGGGCUAUGAACGCCCAUUUCAACGUCCCGAACGCAUCCCUCUUCUCGCCUGAUGGGAAAUGGUUGCAGACGGACUUCGCAGACCCCCUCGCAGGAUGGGACGUUGGCCAGGUUCUAGAUGCGGGGACAGCCAAUGGCGCGCAACCCGAGGACAUCUAUGGGUGUCUUUAUUUUUUCCUCUCUCACCAACUGCGGACGUUUGCUCGGCAUCUCCGCAAAUUUCGGAUCUCAUUCCGCGUAGUAACUACUGACGCGAGUAAUCUCUCUCGUCUGAUUCGCGAGGACGACUUCUCCAGUUUCGGGAUCCCAUCGUCUGUCCGCUUCGAUCGCAUCGACGUGUCUAAUAUCCUUGAUGUCAAUUACCUCGGAAUUCGAGAUGUGCUGACGCAUUGGGGUCCGUUACUGAAAAAAAGUCGGACCGCGGCUAUAGUUGGGUAUUUCAUGAACUGGGCGAUCGUUCAACCAAAUGGCAGGGCAUUUGCUGCUGGGCGUAUUGAGUCGCCAAAGAUCUUUCGCGCUCUAGUAGAGAAAGGAAGGUUUCCAGGUCUUGGACCCGAUUCUCGGAUAUCAGAUCCACGGGACCUGCAUAUAGGACUUUUCCAAGUCGGGGACAAUUUGAACACCGUGUAUGACAAUUCAAAGGCCUUUGCUCAGUUUUUGAAGCAACAAAAGCUGGAGGACGUCUUACACAAGACAAAGCUCAAGCUCAGGCAGACGCGUACUAUCGUUCCUCACCGAUACAAAGUGCCGUUGGACGCAGCACCGAAUGCAUUGCCUUACUUUUCGGACGAUGAGAACUGGUAUCAAUAUACGCAGCUCCAGUUAUUUUCGUGGACUGAGCGCUUUGUUGAGUUUGUUAGUGCAUAGACAAUCGUUUGCGGUUGAGAUCCGUGGAUCCGAAGGGGAGAUUUGUUGCUCUUCACAUUC